AUGUUCUUCUUGCUGACCACGGAUAGUGGUCGCAAAUGGGGCAUGGCUGUCGGCCAAUUCCUCACCAUUGUAGGCGCGGCUUUUCAAGCCGGCUCUCAGAACCGUGGUCAGUACAUGGGUUCACGAGCUAUCCUCGGUACCGGCAUCGCCUUUGUCACUUGUGCUGGGCCGGCGCUUCUAAGCGAACUUGCUAUGCCGAGUAUCAGGGGAACGCUCGUAUCGUUCUUCAACCCGUUCUGGUACCUGGGAAGCAUCAUCGUCGCUUGGACAUGCUUCGGCACCUCUCACAUGGAUGCGACAAAUUCGUGGAACUGGCGCAUUCCCUCGUUAUUACAGGCCGCAAUCCCUUGCAUUGUCCUCCCCACCAUCUACUGGCUGCCUGAAAGCCCAAGAUGGCUGGCUUCAGUUGGCCGGGGAGAAGAGGCGAAGAACAUCAUUGCCAAAUAUCACGGAAAUGGCAACAUGGAUGAUCCUCUGGUCACUGCGCAAAUGGCGGAAAUUGAGCAUGCCAUGGAAGUUGCCAGAGAAGGCGUCACAUGGAGGGCAUUGCUGACUCGAAAGACCAACCAUCAUCGGCUCUUCAUUGUAAUCACGAUGACGUUGAUGACUUUAUGGUGCGGCCAGAACAUCAUUACUUUUUACUUUUCCAGCAUUUUGACAAGUGUCGGAGUCACUGAUACAACACAGCAGACUGGCAUCAACGGCGGCCUCAACAUUGUAAACUUCAUUUCAUCCCUUGCUGGCGCAGCAAUUGUGGAUCGAAUAGGAAGACGCAAGCUCUGGAUGACAUCCUACGCUGGCAUGAUCCUUAUCUUUGUUCCGUUUAUAGCCCUCAGUGCUGUGUACAGCCAAAAGAAGCGACAAGACGAGGGGUACGGCGUCAUCGUCUGCCUGUUUCUUUUCGAUAUCAUGUACAACGUAGCGUGUAAUCCGCUGCUGUACUCGUACGCCACGGAGAUUAUGCCGUUCUACAUGCGCUCCAAGGGUCUCGCAGUUAAGAACUUUGUCGGUCAAAUCGCGCUUAUCAUCAACAUGUGGGUAAACCCGAUCGCUCUGGCAGCGAUUGAGUACCACUACUACAUAUUCUUCCUCGGUCUUAACUGCGUAUGGCUGUAUCUCAUAUGGUGUUUCUUUCCGGAAACCAGCGGUUACAGUCUCGAGGAGCUCUCUAUAAUUUUCGAAGACGGUAAUCAUGCAGUGGAGAUACUGAAUGCUGUAGAGGUUGAUCGCGACGCAAAGGACGUCUCAGAGUACGCUGUCAAGCCCAAAGCUGAUGUAGAAUAA